GCUAAACACGUUUGUGGUGGGUGGAUAUUCAAAAUUGCCAGCAAACAAGAUCCUGGUUUAUCGUAUGAAGGUGGAUAAAGUGUAAAAAAUAUACCAAAAAACUUUUGCAAUUUGCCAAAAGAACUUUAUAAAAUUGGACUAACUCGUUUUCCUUAUAAAUUUGUCACAAUUAAUUAAUUAAUUAUAGGAGUUUUUACAAGGCAUAAAAGGCAAAACAUCGAGCCUGAACUUCGGAAGUGGUUCCAUGCAAACUAUGAGAUGUGCCCACGUGUAUGCUAAAAAAGACACUUAUUACAUUAUUGCGGGGACUGCAUACAAUGCGUUGCUGCUGCUAGUUGCGAAUAAUUACAUUGCUUUACUAAAUAAUGGAUAGCUUACUUAUCACUGUGAAGAACUAGGCGGUAAGAAUACCGUAUGGAUGUGCUCCUAGUCAUUUGCAUUAUCAUUUCCCACGGCUGAGAGAUAUUAAACACGGAAGAGAAAAUGCAGGUAAAACUAAGGUGUACACACAUUUACCUUAAUUUGCUAAAACUUGGUUAAGGCGAAUAUAUUUUGUUUGGAAAGGCCAUUCAGUUUUAGUUCUUCAAGUCAUGUGAACGCAAACUUGCUGCGCUGUACGUGAAUACGUAAGAAUUGCAGGUAAAUCAUAAAAGUGCUGAAGAUUCACGUUAUAUUUUUACCAACUUGAUACAAAAAACAUACGUGUAAAAAUAUAUGUGGAAAAUGGGGAUAUUUAGAAGAGCCUGGAAUUUUUUCUGGUCUAUCGUGAUUUAUGUUGCAACUUUAUUUUUACUUUUAACAAGUGUACCUUUAGUUAUUGCAAUGUUCUUACCAUUUAUUGCAUAUAAGCAAAUUGUGAUUUGUGCGAGCAUCUUUAAACCGGAAAUGGGGAAAGUUUUAUCAAGUCGAAGUAUUCCUGCGGCUUCAGAAGAUUUAUAUGAAAACCCAAGGAUGACAAUUGUGCUUGGAAUAGUUUGUGAGGGGAACAACCUUGAGUUACAAUCUAUUCGAGAAAUUGUAAAAAAGGAAGCAAUUUUAGCAAGAGAUUCAAACGGAAACUUGAAAUACCCCGAACUUGGCCAAAAUAUUACAACUUGGAUGGGCUACAGCUUUUGGAAACCAAUAAAAGAUUUCAAGCUUGAAGAUCACAUUAAUUACUUUGAUGACUCUGAAAAUAGUGAACUCACUGCGUCAGAGCUUUCACAUCAUUUAAGAACUAUGUCGCUGAGACCAUUCAGCAAGUCGAGUGCGUUGUGGGAGUUGCGGAUAGUGCCAAAUUUUUAUUUCGACAAUGAAACACAUAAACCUUCCGAGCUGGAGUUGCAAGAAAAGUACUCUUUGCUUAUUUUCCGCUGUCACCACAGCCUAGGCGAUGGAUUAUCCUUGCUACAACUCUUUGACAAAUUCGCACUCACCAAUAAGGUGAUUUUACAUCCAAAGUCAAACGUCGACAUGAUUGGUGGCAACUUGUGUCGUUGGUUCAAAUUCUUGGUUAAACUCCCACAUGACUUGGGAAUAUUUAUGUUCAAUUCGAAAAUGAAGCCUGGAAAAGUAUUGUGGAGAAAACAAGUAUUGAAUAAGAAAGCAUCGCAGAGUUCCGUUGUGAAAAAGUUAUUGCCCACAAUAAGCGAGGAAGAUGGGACAUUUUCUGGUUCUGUUUCCGGAGAAUUUCCAUUUUCACGAAUUCAAGAGCUCAGUCAACAGUAUCGAGUUUCUUCCGGAACGUCAAUAAUUUUGGCUGGAGUGUGUUCCGUCGUAAGAACGUUUAUGUUGCAGUCUCAAGAACAGGACAAACUGACUGAUGUUCCACUACAAGUCAACUUUCCACUGCCAAGGCGUAGCGACAAGUUACGAAACCAUGCCAUGGUCACUUCUAUUAUGCUUCCGAUUGGUGAAGAGGAUUCUGUCCAAAGACUCUUGAAAAUUGAGAAAGCUCUCGCUCUGGCAAAGUCGUCCACAUUGACAAUAUUUUCAGUUUAUGCUGUUAAUAUUUUGACUGCAUUGCCUGAUUGCAUUAUGCGAAAAGUAAUGAAGCGUUUAUAUCAAAAGGACAAAAUAUUUUUCUCAAACUUUGCUGGACCACUUCAACCAAUUGACAUGUUUGGCAGCUUGGUGAAACGAUUUUAUUUUACAUGCGGAAUGGUAAAAGAUUCAAAUACUUUAGGAAUGACGAUAGGUUCUUACGCUGGGAAUGUGGCAUAUUCGAUAGCCGCCGAUCAAAGACUCAUUCCUUCAUGUGAAAUCGCAAAGUCAUACACAAACAUUUUUCUCAAGGAAUUGGAGAUUUUAGAGCAGUCCUUCGUUGUCACUUCCUCCAACGCCGCACAUGAACCCAUCUACCGGCCUAACGUUUACUCAAACAGAUCGAUAAGUGGAAAGUUGAUGUGUUGGACGCUGAAUGUCAGAACGUGGUGUGUCUGCAACCGGAAGUUAUGCAUGAACCAAACAAUUUAUUCGUUGAAUAGUCAUUCUACACUAAUUUAAAAUUAUUUAUUUUUAUGCAAAUCUUGGUAAACUAUAUCUUAUUAACUAGAAGCGUCGAACCGAAGCGUCGUUUUUUUUGUAAAAACAUAGUCAAAUACGGAUGAUCUGCCACGUAAAACCAUUUUUAGUUAACGGGUUUGAAGCAUUGAGAUUAAGAUUAUACUAACGGAAAAUGACAGUAAUUCCAGAAUUAAUAUAUAAUUGUUUCAUCAUUCCGAAAGUAUGUACAAGUAAAGACCUUGAGCUUUCCCCAAUUUAUUUAUGUAUGAAGAGAGCCAUCCGCUGAGAAAGUUAGUUGCUAUUAAUGUUGCAACUUACUUGGGUCUUAUUCUGUCGGGUGAAAUGAGCGAGUGUCGGUCUCUCGACACUACUGACUACCGCUGUCUGUUGAGCCUGAGAAGAAUGGAGGUGUGCUAAUUGCAUUAGUAAUUAAUUACCAACUUCCUCGCCUCUGCUCUCUCUCUAGAGUUGCACCAACCACUUUCAGAGGACAUGGUGUCCUUCUGGAAGAGCUCGUGACAAGAAUAGAAUGGACGUCCUAAGCAAUGCACAUGCUGCAAAAUAUUUGAAUACAGUUGACUUUCACGAGAAUGAUUGACAUUUAUGAAUUACGCUAAAAUAUCGUUGUACUUUUGAGUCAAUACAAAGAAAAUAAAACUGUAAUUAUUACGUGA